CCCGCCCCCGGGGGUCGGGAGGCGGAGCCGGGCAAGAGCCCGGCCGGCGAGUCGGGCCGAGUCGCGGAGAAGCUAGUUCCUAGGAUCCUAGAGAAGCCGCCGCUGCCAGUACCGCCCUCUCUGCACCGCGCCUCGGCAGCCGGGACAGGGCCGCCGUCGGGGAGCCUCAGAGCACCGUCCCUAGCUCAGCAUGAUGGACUUGGAGCUGCAGCCGCCGGGACUGCCGUCCCAGCAGGACAUGGAUUUGAUUGACAUACUUUGGAGGCAAGAUAUAGAUCUCGGGGUAAGUCGAGAAGUAUUUGACUUCAGUCAACGACGGAAGGAGCAUGAGCUGGAAAAACAGAAAAAACUUGAAAAGGAAAGACAAGAACAACUGCAAAAGGAGCAAGAGAAAGCCUUUUUCGCUCAGUUACAACUAGAUGAAGAGACAGGUGAAUUCCUCCCGGUUCAGCCAGCACAACACAUCCCAUCGGAAACCAGUGGAUCUGCCAACUACUCCCAGGUAGCCCACAUUCCCAAACCAGAUGAUUUGUACUUCGAUGACUGCAUGCAGCUUUUGGCAGAGACAUUUCCAUUUGUAGAUGACAAUGAGGUUUCUUCAGCUACGUUUCAAUCACUUGUUCCUGAUAUUCCCAGCCACAUCGACAGCCCAGUCUUUAUUGCUCCUAAUCAGGCUCAGUCACCUGAAACUGCUGUCCUUCAGUUAGCCACUGCUGAUUUAGACGAUAUGCAGCAGGAUAUUGAGCAAGUUUGGGAGGAGCUAUUAUCCAUUCCAGAAUUACAGUGUCUUAAUAUUCAAAAUGACAAACUGGCUGAGACUAGCAUGGUUCCAAGUCCAGAAACCAAACUGACGGAAAUUAACAACAAUUAUCAUUUCUAUCCAUCAAUCCCCUCACUGGAAAAAGAAGUAGGUAACUGCAGUCCACAUUUUCUCAAUGCUUUUGAGGAUUCCUUCAGCAGCAUCCUCUCCACAGAAGAGUCCAGCCAGUUGACAGUGAACUCAUUAAAUUCAAAUGCCACAGUAAAUACAGAUUUUGGUGAUGAAUUUUAUUCUGCUUUCAUAGCAGAGCCCAGUACCAGCAACAGCAUGCCCUCCUCUGCCACUUUAAGCCAGUCACUCUCUGAACUUCUAAACGGGCCCAUUGAUAUCUCUGAUCUAUCACUUUGUAAAGCCUUCAACCAAAACCACCCUGAAAGUGCAACAGCAGAAUUCAAUGAUUCUGACUCUGGCAUAUCACUGAACACAAGUCCCAGCAUGGCAUCUCCCAGCAUGGCAUCACCUGAACACUCAGUGGAAUCUUCCAUCUAUGGAGACACACUGCUUGGCUUCAGUGAUUCUGAAAUGGAAGAGAUAGAUAGUUCCCCUGGAAGUGUCAAACAGAAGGGUCCUAAAACACAGCCAGUAAGGCCUUCUGGGGAUACAGUCCAACCCUUGUCAUCGUCUCAGAGGAACAGUGCUCCAGUGUGUGAUGCCCAGUGUGAAAACACACCAAAGAAAGAAGUGCCUGUAAGUCCUGGUCAUCGAAAAACCCCAUUCACAAAAGACAAACAUUCAAGCCGCUUGGAGGCUCAUCUCACAAGAGAUGAGCUACGGGCAAAAGCUCUCCAUAUCCCAUUUCCUGUAGAAAAAAUCAUUAACCUCCCAGUUGAUGACUUCAAUGAAAUGAUGUCCAAGGAGCAAUUCAACGAGGCUCAACUUGCAUUAAUUAGAGAUAUACGUAGGAGGGGUAAGAAUAAAGUGGCUGCUCAGAAUUGCAGAAAAAGAAAACUGGAAAAUAUAGUGGAACUGGAGCAAGAUUUAGAUCAUUUAAAAGAUGAAAAAGAAAAAUUGCUCAAAGAAAAAGGAGAAAAUGACAAAAGCCUCCAUCUACUGAAAAAACAACUCAGCACCUUGUAUCUUGAAGUCUUCAGCAUGCUACGUGAUGAAGAUGGAAAGCCUUACUCCCCAAGUGAAUACUCCUUGCAGCAAACGAGAGAUGGCAAUGUAUUCCUUGUUCCCAAAAGUAAGAAGCCAGAUAUUAAGAAAAACUAGAUUUGAGCAGAUCUGACCUUUUCUGAGCUAGUGGGUUUUUUUGUUGUUGUUGUACUGUUAUACUAAAAGCUCCUACUGUGAUGUGAAAUGCAGAAAUAUACUUUAUAAGUAAUUCUAUGCAAAAUUAUAGUCAAAACUAGUGUAGAAAAUAUAAAACUUUAAAAAGCAUUAAAAUAAGUUAUCAGUAUGCUGAAUCAGUAGUUUCACUUUAACUGCAAACUUAAUUUCUUAAAACACCAUUGGGGGUAGUUUCUAUAUACAUGUAAAUACUACAAAAACUCCUUAUUUAUACUGUUCUUAUCUCAUUUGUUACUUUCAUAGAUUUGUAUGAUACAUCUGGCUAAAAGCAAAUUGUUGCAAAACUAACCACUAUGUACUUUUUUAAAUAAAUACUGUAUGAACAAAAAAAUGGCAUUUUUUUAUAUUAAAUUGUUUAGCUCUGGCAAAAGACAAUUUAGUUGAAAAGCUGGUACUAAUAAAGGAAUAUUAUGACCGUUAAA